UGAAAGACAAACGUCCACGACCAAUGACAAAGUAAACGUCAAAAAAAAGUGCGAACGAAAGUGCUUGUGAUGAGCAAAGACGAAUAAAAAAGUGUCGAUAAGCCUAUAUUUUGCAGAAAUUAGCCAGAAUCUUCAGGUAUCUACAAAAUAUAAUAAAAUAUCACCGUCGCAUGUGAGGGUACUAUGUGGUGGUGCUGUUCUUCUUCCGCUAGUUCAGGACCGAUGGCUGCUAUACGCAAAAAAUUAGUUAUUGUCGGUGACGGUGCGUGUGGUAAAACAUGUCUCCUCAUCGUGUUUAGCAAGGAUCAGUUUCCGGAAGUGUACGUGCCGACAGUGUUUGAGAAUUACGUCGCCGAUAUAGAAGUUGACGGAAAGCAAGUGGAGCUAGCCCUAUGGGAUACAGCCGGGCAAGAAGAUUACGACCGGCUCAGGCCAUUGUCGUAUCCCGACACCGACGUAAUUCUAAUGUGCUUCUCGGUGGACUCGCCAGACUCGCUCGAGAACAUCCCAGAGAAGUGGACUCCGGAGGUAAAACACUUCUGCCCGAAUGUACCCAUUAUCCUAGUGGGCAACAAGAAAGACUUGCGCAAUGACCCGGCCACGAUAAGUGAACUACGUAAAAUGAAACAAGAGCCGGUGAAGCCUCAAGAAGGACGCGCCAUGGCUGAGAAAAUUAACGCGUUUGCAUAUCUGGAGUGCUCCGCUAAGAGCAAGGAGGGAGUGCGUGAGGUGUUCGAAACGGCGACCCGCGCCGCGUUACAGGUCAAGAAGAAGAAGAAGACUAGGUGUUCUCUGCUGUAAUUGUGCUGUUGUCGGGAGAACUCUGAUUUCUGAAUUGUUCGCAAUACUGCCUGUAAAACUUAUAUUUGAACGACUGGGACUGCAGCAGUCGCGACGUCGGCCAGUGCUUCCUUCCCAUACUGACAGCUGACGCGAUGUCGCGGUCCACGCUGCACGCACACAUCCACUCAGUAUUUGUGUGGCUACAUUUUCGCAACUGGUUCUUGUAUAUUUUAUAGAUUAUCUAUAAAGAAUAAGCGUAAAUGCCUUAAACAAUUGUAGUUGGGGGCAAUCAGGCCUCCACCUUGGUGGCCCUCAGGAAUUUUUGUGCUAUCAAGUUAUAUAAUUGAGUAGCAUUUCUUUAUCUAUAGGUGUAUUCCUCGACCGGUGUUAUCACUGAGACUUGUUUAGUUCGAUAUUUUGUAUUUUAAUUUUUCAAUAAAAUAGUGAUGUAUAAAUUGUUUAGGAUGUUUAUUUGACUAUGGAGCGUGAGCCCCAACUUUCAGCCAAGUGCCUGUCAAGUAGACGAGUCCCACGGGCGCUGGCAUAACUUCGGUCAUGCUAGCCCCUUGGGGUAUUAACACCAGCUCAUGGUUCCGUAGGACAGUUUUUUUAAUGUAAUUGUGUGAAAUUUUUAACUUUCCAUCGCAUGAUAAUAUAAUUUAUUAGUAAUAAAGGAACCCCAUGUUUUAAUAAUUCUUUUAGACUCUUUUUGACUUUUAUAAAAAUUAAUACAGCAUUUAUGCAUCAAAGGUGUUUAGUAUGGGCAAAUAUUUAAGUUAAAAAACAAAUCAUCUAUGUUAUGUUUAUUAGUAUUGUAAGUACAAAAUUAUCUUGAAAUAUACAUUAAUUAACAUAAUAUUAGACUUCCUUUUAUAAUUUAAGAUAUUUUGGAUCUAUUCCAAUUACAAAUUUAUUAACUGAUCA